AUCGCAACGGUUACCAAGUCAACAAAGUAAAAUGGCCGAAGAGAUUGCAAGUUGACCAGACAAAAACAACAGUGAAUCAAGUUUUAUAACAACAGGGCUAUGUCUCACACAAAGCUCCCUCCACUGCCACCCUCCUUGACAACCUAUCCUCAGACGAACACCAAAGCUCUAAAGCAGUACACUGGUCUAAGUGGUCCAAGUUACAGUCUGACUAGUACAUCUGGAACUCAGAAGUAUGCUCUUCCAUCUGCUGCUGUAUUGCAGCCUUACAUUGACACAAGGGCAGGUACCUUGGACACAUGGCCAGCACAUGCCCUUGGGCCCAGUGCCCCAGAUCUCAACCCAGGUGCUGCCAAACAGUCAAAUGAGUUCAUGCCAAAGGGAGUCCAUAAGCCCAAGUUUCUGGAACAACUGGAGGCUUUCUUGCAAAAAGAACUACGCUCCUUGGAUUGUGCUGAGAUGGUUCCAAGUGAAAAAAGAUUGCAGGCCUUUAGGGAAGUAUUUGAAUACUUGAUAGAGGACUUUAAAACUUACAAGCCUCUGCUGUCAGCAAUAAAACAUGAGUAUGAGAUGAUGCUGGUUCAUCAACGAGAAAAGAUCAGAGAACUGGAGCCUUUAAAGAGCAUGUUAGUCACAGUAUCUGAACAAUGUGAGAAGAAGCUGUUAGCCGUUAAACAAGAAGAAAAAUCAGAUAUGCUAGAUAUGAAGAAAGAAAAUCAAAGACUGCAAAACAUAAUCUCAAAGCUAAGAGAGGAGCAAGUGUCCCUUCAAGUUCAAGUAGAAAAGCUCCAAGAAGAACUAGCUGCCGAGUACCUGAGAUACAGAAACGAGUGUGAUGCGAGGAAGAUGUUGAUAGCGGACAUAAAUGAAUUGAAGUACCAGCAGGAGGACGCGAAAAAACCGAACGCAGAAGAAGAAGGAGAAGGAAAAGAAGAUGUUACGUUCCUGAAACUGGCGCUAAAGAAAGCGCGUGAAGACCUGGACGCUAAGAAUCAAAAGCUGGCUGAAAUGGAAGCUGAUUAUGGUGAUGUUGUACCAAGAAGAGACUUUGAAAGACUCGAAGCUCAGUUUAAUAAAUUACAAAAAGAUAUGGAGACUUUCACUGUGGAUAAUCAAAAACUCAUGCAAGAACACAAUGCCAUUCUCGAAGUACACAAGAAAGUUGUGGAUCAAAGAGACCAAUACGCACAAGACUGUGAACAGAUGAGAAGAAGCGCCACGCCAAGGCCUCACUGGGAGAAGUGUGGCCAGUAUGUUGAAGGUGGAACAGAUCGUUGGAACGAGUUGUCACAGGACAGAAGCAGUGAUGAGCUUGUUGAUAUUUUAUUAGCGGAGAUGACAGGACAAGACAUAGCUAUCAUACAGGCCGGAGUGAAUACUGGCGCCGAGUACUUCACGGGACAGGGCACAGGUCCGGAAGUGCCUAAGUUCUUACGAUACGAAGGACAAGUUCGUAACAGACGGCUUGGAAAAAGAGACACUUCCCUGCUUAUUAAAGAUAUCUGGCAAGAGAAAGCUGCUCAUGAUGCCGAGAAACCUGACGGCGAGCGUGAUGACUUGGGCGAGUUCCUGUACCAGUAUCUUCAGCGGCGGUUUGGUGUCGAGAACAUGAUCAUAGAGUGGGGAUAUAACCUGUACGAUGCAUGCGGACGAUACUCACACGAUCCAAGGAUAGGGCUCUUCUAUGGCAUACUACAGAAAGAGGUAGGUAUCGACAUUUUAAUUUUUACGUUUUCUUGUAAGUUCGCCAUUUUAUGCUAAGUUUACUGGUAAGACAAAUGGGAGCUGAGUCGCAGUUUGGGCUGGAUUCUGCACAGGAUCAAAGUGCAUGUCUGGAUUUGAGCCCUGGAAUCAAAGCGGAAACUCGACACCCUUAACUCUGAAAUUGCCGAAGUCUCAGACCAAAUAUUACUGUUUUUAAAGACCUGAUCAAUAUGAAAUGUAAGACUGAAAAGUACAUAGCCUUAAAAAACAACACGCAAAGGAAAUUUCAGGCCAGAUGGAAAUUAUUUAUUGAUACUAAAUUAUGAUCUGUUACACUAUAGAUCAAAUAAUUAUAUUAUUAUCGCUUGUUAUUAUGUUAUUGACACUUAAUAAUAGCACUACACCUUGUAUUUAA